UUCCAGCUGAGUGCUUGCUCUCUCACAGUGUGUAUGUGUGUGUGUUGUCAUUAUUAUCCACUCUGCUCCCAGCUCAGAAUGGCCAGAUUCACUCAGACUGAAACAAGAAGGCAGCACCAUCCACAGCAGCCCCAGCCCGCUCACUCCAGCCUGGUUUUCACCGGACCGGGGGUACCACCGAUCCAGCAACCACUGCUCCUUAUCCCACAUCAGCACCAGUACCCUCAGAUCACAUUUCCGAAACCCAUGAACGGGACAGAACCCAUUUCCAUUCAUCCGGAGAACGGCAACAUGAAAGACCAAGAUGCCAUUAAGCUGUUUAUCGGGCAGAUACCGCGGAACUUGGAGGAAAAAGACCUGAAACCCCUGUUUGAACAGUUUGGGAAAAUCCACGAACUGACAGUCCUCAAGGACCGAUACACCGGCAUGCACAAAGGUUGUGCAUUCCUCACCUAUUGCGCCCGAGAGUCGGCCAUCAAAGCCCAGAACGCCCUCCACGAACAGAAAACACUUCCAGGGAUGACUCGCCCCAUCCAGGUGAAACCGGCUGACAGCGAGAGCCGUGGAGAAGACAGGAAGUUGUUUGUUGGGAUGCUGAACAAACAGCAGACCGAGGAGGAUGUUUACCGCCUCUUCGAACCCUACGGAGUCAUCGAGGAGUGCACAGUCCUAAGAGGUCCUGACGGAAACAGCAAAGGUUGCGCAUUUGUCAAGUUCUCCACACAUACUGAGGCUCAGUCUGCAAUCAGUGCCCUCCACGGUAGCCAGACCAUGCCAAUCUUCUGUUUCUCUCUCGACCCUCAGGGUGCGUCCUCCAGCUUGGUGGUCAAGUUUGCUGACACAGACAAGGAGCGCACCAUCAGACGUAUGCAGCAGAUGGUUGGGCAGUUUGGCAUCUUCAACCCCGCCAUCGCCCUCCCCUUCAGCACCUACAGCUCUUACGCACAUGCGCUCAUGCAGCAGCAGGCAGCCAUCAUGGCAGCAAGCCACGGAGGUUACCUCACGCCCAGCAUGGCCUUCCCCGCCACACAGAUCCACCAGAUGGGGGCGCUCAACAUCAACAGCCUCCAACACAACCCCAUGAACCCGAUGUCGAGUGAGUUCCAUCAAACACUGGGCCUCAGCUCUCCACCAGCCAACAUCACCACCUCCGUGCCCAGCCUUGUCUCGCCCCUCGUCAACGGGUUCACCGGGAUCCCCCAUCAGCCCAACGGACACCCCGCUGUGGAGGCUAUGUACACCAACGGCCUGCCGCCAUACUCCACCCAGAGCCCCACCGCUGCUGACACCCUCCAGCAAGCAUUCACUGGAGUACAGCAAUACACAGCAAUCUACCCCACCACCACGCUGACUCCCAUUGGCCAGACACUGCCCCAUCAAGCCCAGGUCAUCCAGCAGCAGCAGCAGAGAGAAGGUGAGGGUCCGGAGGGCUGCAACCUGUUCAUCUACCACCUGCCACAGGAGUUUGGAGACAAUGAACUCAUGCAGAUGUUUAUGCCUUUCGGCUCCGUCAUCUCCUCCAAGGUCUUCAUGGACCGGGCCACCAACCAGAGCAAGUGCUUCGGUUUCGUGAGCUUCGACAACCCUGCUAGUGCACAGGCAGCUAUCCAAGCCAUGAACGGCUUUCAGAUCGGGAUGAAGAGGUUGAAAGUCCAGCUAAAGAGACCGAAGGAUGCCAGCCGCCCUUACUGACAAAGCCUACCUUCAGUAUUCAUUGCAGCAGCACAGGUUUUAGAGGACACGUGAAGAUAUCUCGGAGGAGUUACACUUUUUUUUCUUUGAGCGCAAAAUAUGUUUUUAAAAAAUCAACACAUAAGGAAUUUUUGAAGACAUAUCAGCAUUUACUUAUGAAGCUAUAGGUUACGGCAGAAAAGAAGAAGAUGCAAGAGAAGAGGAGACGCUUCACCGGGGGACUUAACAGUAACAGAUGGCACAGUGCAAGAAAGACCAGAAGAAAAAAAAAAACUGAAAAAAGAUGUGAUGAGACUGAACAACAGAACUUUUUCUUGUUGAGACUUGAAUUGUUAAUUAAGCAACAAACUAACAACAAAAAAGCAGCAACAACAAAUAGAUUUCUAUAUACAUAUUAUAUACACAUAUAUAUAAGGAAAGAGGCGCUUGUGGCUUUUACUGUACUGGACAAAUGAGGGUUAAAACUUGAAGAUCAAGAAAAACAGUGGAAAAAAAGAAGCUAUUCCAAUCGUCCACUGACAGACUUUCUUUCUCUUUCCCUCUUUCUCUUAUUCUCUCACCGUCUCUCAGCAAGGCAGAACGAUGACUCUUGGAGGUCACUGAGGUUUCCAUUAGCAACAGUAGAACUGCAAAUCUUUCACCCCUAAGGGACCAAAGGACCAAACAUUUGUAUUGUUCUGAACAGUAAUAUAUAGUAUUAAAGAUACUACGAACUACUACUAAUAAUAUUACAAGUUAAACUUAAGAAGAAAUACUAGCUUCAGGUUAAAAAAAAAAAAGAGGAAAUGGGUUUUGUUUUAUUUGCCUCUUACAUUUAUAGCUACUGGGUUUAAGGAAUAUUAAAACAAAACAGAAAAAAAAUGUAUAAAGCUAUACUAUUUUAGGGGGGUAGACUAUGUGGGUUAGACAUUGUUGCGGGCAUGUUCAGAUACGUUGUUUUGCCACCCAUUGUUUCAUCUACAUCACAGCAUUUCAUCUCGGAGGUGUGAUCUGUCGGUGUUAUUGUGUCAGGAGAAGAAGUGCCAAAAGUGACACAAUAACAGCCUCUUAAAGCCAACCUUACCAUCCACAGUGUAGUCAGCCGUGUAUCGCUGUCUUCUGCUCUUGUCAGCGUGUUGCAAUUCCAUAAUUGACGCAAAAGUACUUCCAUGUGAUCAUUAAGGCCUUGAUAUUACCGAUAAUCUGACCAUAAAGCACUGUGGUGAGAGUGCCAUCCGGUCGAGCUGGAUACGCAGCACGGCAAAGCAUCUGUAACCGCUUCAUGAAAUAUACAAAUGAGCUUGACAGCAGUUGUAAAAAAUGCCAUGGUCGAGUCACAGUGGUCCCUGCCGGGUCGUGCCCCGUCCCGCUGCCAACCCCUCCAGCUGCUCUCAGCAGGCGGGAGCAGCCCCCCCCCACCUCUCUCCUCACCUCCAAGUGCUUAAUAGGGACCAUCAGUUCACGGGGGCCGAGAGCUAACCCACAGCAUAAUUAGGAUAAUGAUAAUAUUGAUCAGAUGGGGAGCAGCACUGCGGGGCAAGAGAUGCUCCAUCAAUCACGCAUUGGCAUUUUGAAUGAAUUGACUGAAUGACAGAGUCCAUUUUUCUCUCUGUACUUGGAUGGGAGCCCUGUCCUUCUCUAACUACUAUCCACAGUCUCAGAGGGGACCUCAAACCUGACAGAGGCAGCAUGUCCUGUGGGACACCUCCAAGGCACUUAAAUCUGAGAGAUUAUUGCUCAUAGAUAUAACAUUUGAGAUGAUUUGAUGGCUGCGAAAGGAUCUGUAUAUAAGUGUUUAGACUAAAUUGUACGAGUUCUUCAGUGAAGAGCAGCUGUAUUUCUUUUUUUUUUCCAAAGGGUAUAAUAGCACAGUAAGAGCUUGUACACGUUGAGGAACAGCCUGGCAUUACCAGCCUUAGGAGGUCAAAUUAAGAGCAAAAUGAUCCAUCAAUUAGACAGCAGCAGGCCUGUAAGUGUAGCUGCUACAGCUGCUGCUGCUUCGACAAGACAACAGCUUACCAUUAGCAGCGGUCACAAAUGGCUCCUAUACAGUGUGGUCACGACACAUCACGCCAUACCCGAUAAGAUUAAUUAACUAAACUAUCAUCGUCUGUGGAGAGCGCCACAUACAGUACAUCCGAGAUGAAAUCUUUGUCCAUGAGUUAUUUGCUUUUACUCACCAUUAUCCAUUUCACUCUCAUAUUUCUUCAACUAACAUCCACUCAGUUGUCUUUUCAUUUGAAAGUAUUUCCAACAUGCCAUUCAUUGAGUCAGUUUGCACUGAAGCAGCUCGCCCCUGAGGACUCUGAGACCUCAGCGCUAUGAUUAUUUCUCUAAACUUUAGACACAUCAGUGCUUCGAAUCACAAUGCUGUCUCUACGGCCGCAUCCACAUACGCAGAGUCUUCAGAAAACAUGACUGCUAUGCCUCCAUAGUCUGAAACCACAAAAGUCAUCAGCAGAAUGGCUCCCCAGGUCCUGGUGACUGCAUUUUUUAAUUCUAUUUAUUUGUUUGGUUACCGGUUCACAGGAUCAGUAUUAUUAGAAAGGGGUUUCAUUUUCAGGAGGCUGUUAACAAAUGUUACUACCCUUCUCCACUGCAUAUUGUUCUCUUGCAGGCAAUACUUAGAUGCUGUAAAAAAGAAAGCCUUUAAAAAUGCCUUUUCUCAUCAUGAAUUGCCAAAUUAUGCAAGCAUAUCCACUGCAUCAGACUUUAAACGUGUGCCAGAUUCCUUGAAAAUGUUCUUAGGAAUUUGUUCAUUUUCAGGAAAUAUUCAUUAAACAAGUAUUUGGUUAUGUGAUAUAGCAUAAACUUGUGGGAUAAAGGUUCUUGCAGGCUGUAAUGAUAUAUAAUAGAGUUUCCUAGUGAAAAGGUUAGAUUUCAUAUAUAUUUGCCAGAAGACAGCUUUUCCCCCUGGUGAGUUACUGUUAGUUUCCUCUCUCCUGUCAGGCCCAGCAGCUUUAGGAUCUGUGAUAUAUGCCCUCCUUUCCCCGGGCCAUGCAGGGCCUUAUAAACCCACUCAAAAAUCUUUUCUUAUGGGAUUUCUACUAGAGAGUUUUUUAAAUUAUUAAAAUCAAAUUAAAUGUGGCCUUCACAACAGCUUGGGUAAUGCAAAUUAAAGAUGCCAGCUGUGGCUGAAAUGUAAUGAGUUGAAAAUAUGUUGAGUUAAUUUCAUCCUGCCAAGAGAAAGAAUGAAAUUUGAUCGAACGAAAUUAAAACACUGAAGGUUUGUGGAUAUCGAGCAUAAGCCUAAUUAUACUGUACAUAUCCAGUAUUCAGAAAAGGGAAACAAAAUGAAAUGGAAAACAACAAAAAACCAAGAAAUUAAUUAAUUGAGGUUUUUAAUUGAAAGCAGAACUGACAAAGAAAUCCAGUCAUUAUGUGAGGAAAUAGCAGUACUUAUUUUAAUCUUUAUAUACUUCAGUUGCAUGUGGUCAAUCUAAAGUUUGUUUUCUACAUUUCCUUCACUCUAGCAUCCAUACAUUUUUUUUAUAUGUGUCAUCCUACAAUGCCCUUGCAAUCUCUGAGCAUGCUCAAUGGGGGCUGGGGGGGGGGGGUGGUUAAAGAUUACGGUACUACUAGUAUUAACAAUAUGAUUCUUUGCCUAUGGUUUGAAUGCUAAGGAUAGUAGCUUAUUAUAAAUAUGAAAUCUGUAUAUUAUGGAAAAUCAGCACAGGACCUUUCUUUAGAUACAUAUUGAUUAGGGUUUGAAAUGGGGGAGGGGUUCUAGGGAGGGGGCGGGUCGCUUUAUAAAGAUAUUAACUUUCUGGUUUCUCAGCACAAAGCAUACAAAAACAUAUAAACAGCAGUAUGGAGUCUGUGAAGAACACUUAACUGACAUACAGGGCGCAAAAAGAGGAUCUCAGAACUAUUGUUUAACCUGGAGGAGAACAUGUGGUUCACAGGUUGUAUUGAUUUUCUUUGUUUCUUUUUUAAAGGAAAGCGCCACCUGUUGUUGUGGCAGCGUCAGUACAGCAUGGAUUAACUGACAGGGAAAGCAGUAUCUUUUUAUAAAAAAAAACAUGUAAAAAAAACGAUGUGUUCUGUAUUAGCCUGAGAAACCAAACAUUUUCCCCUGUUGACAUUUCUUAAUACUUGCUGCUUAGAUUACUUCAUAUUAAUGAUUGAUGAUUAAAUAAUUUUAUAAUUAUCAGGUCAAGUAUGUAACUUGAUGUUUAUUUAUCUAUUUAUUUUAUUUAUUUAUUAUUUAUUCAGCCACUUUUCUUUUAUGGUUAUGGUAAGAUAAAGAUAUGUAUCAAAAAAGAAAUGCUUAUUGGGGCUUUUCUCUCUUUCUCUCCUUUUUUUCCAAUUUUACAAUAAAAAUUCAAACAGGAUGUUUUGUUUCUCAGUUAUAUCGUGUCGGAUGGAGUGUUUAACCGCUGUGCAAAGAGAGGGGGAGUAGUUGCACAAGGAUUUGCUCUCAAGGACUUUCAGAGUCUGCAGAUGUUGCAACCUCUUGCAGCUCGCCACCCCAGAGUGUGUUACUGCCUCCUCUCUGCUGAGUGAUGAAACUGUGAUGAUAGGGUCAUUGCCCUUUAAAGGGUAACCGGGUUAUUACUGCACACACACACACACACACACAGCUUGAAGUUGUGUAAACAUUUUUAUUUUAACACGAGCCAAUUUCUGCUACUCAACGGGAAGGAGACUAAGUUGGUAUUCAUCAUGAAAAAGCUGGAAGGAAAUUAAGGAAAUGCAUACUCAUAUGGAAACCCAGUUUCACAGCAUGUAUGAUUUGGAUCAUCUGUUAUUUUUGGAAACUGAAUCCUCUACCAGUUAGAAAGGUCACCUGAUGCUGUUCCACUGCAGAGAGACACUGGAGCAGUUGUUUUUUCACAAACAAAAACUAUAAGCAUCAGACAUUUGUGAAGAUAGAUUAUGCAGGGGAACACAUAACAUUAUCAUUUUGACAAGCAGGAGGCAGUAAAUAUAAAAUAAGGAAGGCAUCGUAUAUCAGUCAAGUUUACAUCACGAGCUAAAGAAUUGCUUUGGGGCCCAGAAGAAAAAAUCUGAUACAUCUGUUGACAUUGACUUGCUUCGGCACAUGUACUUUGUAAUCAUCAUCUUCUUACACUAGAAGUCACUAGCAUCAGAAGCCGAACAGCCGAGACAUUCACAUUUUGAGGAGCAGCGGCAGAUAUGAAAAAGAGAGGGAGGGACAAAAAGUAGAACCACUGGCUCAUGAAAUAAAUUGUCCCAAUUACAAUAAAGUGUGGCUCUUGGUCAGUGUGCACGGCAGGCAGUUCAUCUUUAUUACAAUCAGUUAAUGAAAAUCAAUCCCCCUCCUGAUAAACUCUUAUCUCCACGGCCUUUGCGCGCCCCUCGUGCGGGGAGAUAAUAAAUUAGGGUAAUAUUGCCUUUGAUGAGGGAGUGAAUUGCAAAUGAUUGUGACUUUCCAAGAUUUAUGAAGCAGAUGCUUAAUUUCCGAGCUGGGUUUUUCAGGGUGCCAGGGGGCCAUUUGUUAAAAGUUUGGUGACACAGGCUCGUUAAUAAAAAUACAC